AUGGCGGGACCGAGAAAGUCCCUCUGUGGAUUUCUUACCCAGGCCAGAGCCGCUUUGCGAGGUGCUAUCGACUCUAGCCAGAACGUGACGCUUGUCAUUGGCAAUGAGUCGGCCGACCUUGAUUCGAUGUCCUGUUCCCUACUUUAUGCCUACCUACGGUCCAUGUCACCGCCCAAGAAUGCCUUUAGUCCCCUCUAUAUACCGAUCACCAAUAUUCCCGCGUCCGACGUCCAGUUGCGACCCGAGUAUCUAGCGGUGUUGAGACAUGCCAACGUGGAAGCUAAGCAGCUCAUCACGCUGGAUGACCUGCCGGCUCCGGAGGACAUGCAAUCUCGUCUCAGGCCUGAGAAGACGAAAUGGAUUCUUGUGGAUCACAACCAAUUACAAGGCCAGCUGGGCAAAAUCUAUUCACAUCGCGUAGCGGGAGUCAUCGAUCACCAUGAUGACGAAGGCAGCGUGCCGAGGGAUACCGGUGAUGAGCCGCGGAUCCUUGAGAAAUCGGGUAGCUGCACCAGUCUGAUUGCCAACUAUUGUCGGCCUGCAUGGGACCAGCUCUCCGGGUCUGCAAUGUCUUCAGGUGCAGAACCGGGUCCAGAAGAGAGUAGUCGCUCUAGUGAUGCAGAUGCGGCCUCUGUGAAGCAGUGGGAUGCGGAUGUGGCCAAACUAGGCCUCGCAAGCAUACUCAUUGACACGGCCAAGCUUGAGGACAAGAGCAAGACGACGAAACAUGACGUUGCAGCCGUCGAGUAUCUCGAGGCCAAGGUGAUGCUUUGUCCGCAGCUUGCGGCAACCUAUGAUCGUAGAAGCUUUUACGAGGAGAUCGACGCUGCAAAGAAGGACAUGGGCGCAAUGGCACUGCAAGACAUACUUCGGAAGGAUUACAAGCAGUGGGAUCAGCAGGGGUUGAAGUUGGGAGUGAGCUCGGUGGUCAAGCCGAUUGCAUUCCUGCAGCAAAAGGCUGGUGAGGAAGAAGGGCAAGGAGGAGGAGGAGGCGUUGGGGCGGAGAAGGCGUUGCUGGGUGGGGUGGAGAAGUUUUGCAGAGAACGUGGGCUGGACGUGUACAGCGUGAUGACGACGUCGACAUCGUCCGAGGGCAAGUUCCAGAGGGAGCUGCUGGUGUGGGGGUUUGGGGAAAGUGGUGUCAGGGCGGCUAAGGGGUUUGCGAGGCAGGCCGAAGAGGAGUUGGGGCUGUCCACAUGGGAUGGACCCAGCGACGUGGCCGAGGGGAGUCUAGGCAAGGAGCAGUGGAGAAAGGUGUGGUGGCAAGGAGAGGUGCAGCACAGUCGGAAACGUGUCGCGCCUUUGCUCCGGGCAGCCAUGGGCAAUGGGCAGCAAGUUGUAGAGUAG